AUGAUUGGCACACGCAAGACUGGCCUCCGCGGCCUGUUCCUGCUCUUGUUGGCAUCCUCGUCAACGGCAUUCUAUAUUCCUGGCUGGUCAAUCAAGACCUACAAGGAUGGCGAGCUGGUGCCUCUGAUGGUCAACAAGGUCUACUCAGACAACACACAGCUCCAAUAUGCCUACAACGACUUGCCAUUCACCUGCUCCCCGACGGGGAACCACAAGGCUGGGGGCGGCUUACUGAGCGGCCAGAGCGUGCCCUUGAAUCUGGGGGAGGUGCUGCGCGGCGACCGCAUCAUUACAUCCGACAUGGAGCUCGCCAUGGCAAAAGAUACACCGUGCACACUGCUCUGCAAUAAGGAGCUAUCACGUCGCGAUAUGCGCUGGACAAAAGAGCUGAUUCGGGAUGGGUACGUGGCUGAGUGGAUCGUGGACAAUCUGCCUGGCGCAACCAGCUUCGUCACUGCCGACAAGACGCGCAAGUAUUACGCUGCAGGCUUCAAGUUGGGAUAUACAGAGGCUUCGCCAAAGACUGGAAAGCUUCACUACUAUCUCAACAACCACCAUACUAUUGUCAUCCGGUACCGCAGAGCACCGGGCCGAGCCGGCGAUCGUGGUGAAAAGGUCGUUGUGGGGUUCGAGGUCUAUCCCAAGAGCGUCGGAAACGGGAACAAAAAGGACAGUGCGGGAUGCCCGGUGGACAUUCAGAACGUCGACCAGCCCUUUGAGCUGUACAUUGCCCCCAACAAGACGACUGAUGCGUCGUUGAAGUAUGAUGGCUUGUCGUACCACCCUCAUGAGGUGGAAGACGAUGACAACAGCCCUGGCUCCCUGAACAUUCCUUACACAUACUCCGUCUACUUCCGCGAAGACGAGAGCAUCGAAUGGGGCCAUCGCUGGGACCUCUACUUUGUGAACCAAGAGGAAGGCACACGCAUUCACUGGAUGGCCAUCAUUAACUCGCUAAUUAUCUGUGGGCUCCUGACGGGUAUUGUCAUGAUUAUCCUCGCCAGGACUAUUCAUAGCGAUAUCAACAAGGGCAUUUCGGCGGAAGAGGGGAAAGCUAGGGGCAAGAGGGCGGCUAGGCCCAAGGGCGAGCAAACUACGGGCUUGUUAAGUCAGGGGCCCGACGACAAGAAUGAUGAGGACGACUUGUCCGACGAGGGCGGGGCGCUGGAAGAGGCCACGGGCUGGAAGCUGCUCCACGGAGACGUAUUUCGGAAGCCGGCGCUGGGAACGCUUCUGGCGCCCCUUGUCGGGUCCGGGAUGCAGCUGUUCUUCAUGGCCAUAGGACUGGUCUUGCUUGGUGCAUUGGGGGUCUUGAAUCCCAGCUUCCGAGGCGGCUUCAUCAGCGUUGGAGUCGGCCUGUUCAUAUUUGCGGGACUCUUCUCCGGCUACUUUUCUGCUCGCGUCUUCAAGAGCUUCGACGGAGCUGAUCAUCGCGCAAACGCACUGGUCACAGCCUUGCUGUUUCCCGGCCUCACGUUUGGGCUUGUCUUUAUCCUCAAUCUCUUCGUAUGGGCCCAGGCGUCCAGCACGGCGAUACCCUUUGGAACACUGGUGGCCAUUCUUGUUCUCUGGCUCUGCGUACAGGUGCCGCUUGUGUAUGCAGGAUCUCACUACGGGUUCCACAAGGCCGGUGCUUGGGAGCAUCCUACUAAGACGACGACGAUUCCUCGACAGGUGCCUCGGCAGGCCUGGUACAGCAAAUCGAUCCAGGCAGUGCUUCUCGCAGGCUUGAUCCCGUUUGCCGUCAUCUUCAUCGAACUGCUAUUCGUUUUUCAGUCGAUCUGGCAGGACAAGAGCAGCUACUACUACGUCUUUGGCUUCCUGGCAGUGGUACUCGCCAUUCUCAUGGUCACCAUUGCCGAAGUGACCAUUGUGACCAUCUAUGCCCAGCUCUGCGCCGAAAACUACCACUGGUGGUGGCAGUCCUUCUUCGUUGGCGGCGGGAGCGCCUUUUGGGUGUUUCUCUAUUCGAUAUGGUACUAUUUCUUCAAGCUGCACAUUAGCGGCUUUGUGAGCAGCAUGCUCUUCUUUGCGUACAGUUUUAUGGCGUGCUGUGUGUAUGGAUUGUUGACGGGCACCAUUGGAUUCUUGAGCGCAUAUGCCUUUGUGCGCAAGAUAUACAGUGCCAUCAAAGUAGAUUGA